AAAUACGUAUGACUUUGUCAUUUCAUGUUGUUGUUUUGCAGAGGACGACAAAGAAAUGUACAAGGAUUCAAAACGCACAUGAAGAACCAUUGUUCUGCUCAUUAAACCUUUUGUUUGGUGACGUUCUCGUUGCCGUCGCCGUCGUGGUUUGCUAAAACUCCCUGGCGCGCACAAAAUCUAUAGGUUCCAAGCCCCUGGCCUUAGAAGAAGAAAAAAAAUGGGAACGAGUCUCGCAGUCUGGAUUGAUGAAACGCCUGUCAAAAUCCUGCACAAACUUGUCUACGUGGACUAAAACAAAAACAUGAGAUUCAUCGUAAGUUCUUAUUGUUAUUGCAAUAUCAUUCCGCCUUCGGAAAUGUUUCGAUCAUGCUGCUGGUAGUCUUUAGUUUAUUUAUUGAACUCGUUUUCUGUGGAUUUUUCUUCGUGGUUUCUCUUGAUCCUGAGACUUGCUCGGCGAGAGAUCAAGAUUGCAACGCGGAAGUGAAGGAACAUCCGAAACUUGUAAGAUUAGAUGGUGUUCAGGUUGGCCAUGUUCAAGACAUUCAGUUGAAAGAGGACAUGAAACACCAGUUAAUUACUAAAAGCUUGAGACCACUUCUGUUCGAAAUACCUGAUUUCUUGAGUGCCGAGGAAUGUGAUCAUAUAAUCAAACUUGCUGGUGAACAGGGUCUGUACGAAAGCACAACAAUGCCUGAUCCUGAUGAGGAUGAAGCUUUGAGUGAUGAAGAAAAGAAUGAAAACUGUCAGCAUUUGCUUGCUAGUGCAGAUGAAGACAGUGAUGGCAAGAUCUCACCAUUAGAGUUUGCUAUGUUCAUAAGGAAGGAUAUGAACUUGUCAGUGAAUGAUACUGAUGUUGAUCAAAUCACUUUUGGUUUAAUUAGCCAAACAGAAUGCCUAGAGGGUGAUCAUUUGGCAUUUGAUCAUUAUAUGAGAGACUUGGAGGACAGGCAUCCUCGGCAACGUUCAAGACUAAGUCAACAGACGUGGUUGAAAGUGACUGGGAGUACAGAUCCUUUGUUACAAGAGCUGCAAGAAAGGGUCAUAUUGUUGACUAAGCUACCAAGAGUUUUCAUUGAGCGCAGUGAAGAUUUGCAGGUUGUCAAGUAUGGAGUUCAUGGUCAUUAUCAUGCACAUUACGACUCAACAGAUGAAAGGGAUUUCUCUACUUCUAGAUGCUGUCAGGGUGAUACUGGAAAUUGCAGCUUGUGCAGGUACAUGACAGUGUUGUAUUACCUCAAUGACGUCGCCCGUGGUGGAGAGACAGCUUUUCCUGUUGCGGAUGAAAAAUAUUUCAAUCGGACGGAUUAUCAUGAGAAAGACCGGUCAAAUUUAAGUUCUCACUGUUACGACGCCAAUGUAUUGGUUCGCCCCAGGAGAGGCACUGCUGUCAUGUGGUACAAUCACAUGAUCAGUAACGUGACUGGUUUGCUGGGACCACAAGACGAGCGUUCUUUACACGGAGGGUGUGAUGUAUUGGAAGGUUACAAGUGGAUUGCGAACAACUGGAUCAAUGCACCAUUUGAAUGGACAGAUCAAAAUUGAUGCUAUUUGCAGCAUCUAUAAGAUAUUGUAAACCCUAGAUGUAGUUAUAGACAGCAACCAGGAACUAAAGAAAAAUGACGGAAGCCCCUGGAUUUGGUUUGGUGACUAGUUAAGGGCAGAAAACUCAGGUAAUUUAUUUGACUUUGGGGAAAACUCACAUGAUAAGCGACCUGAGUUUUCCUCGUUUGACCGCCACAUGAGAAUUAGGGACGUUACGCAAAACACAACGGCAACGGCAACGAGAACGUCACCAGACAAAGGGUUUAAUGAGCAAAACAAUGGCUGUGCUGUGCA